UUAAACGAAGACGCACUUUUGUCUAGCUUAACUUUCUCCCUAGGGUAAUAAUAGGCUGCAUUGUUCCAAAUUGUGCGGUUCUCUAUUCCUAUUUGCAAUUGAGUUAGGUAUUAAGUGUGGUUAAAUGAGCAUUUGCGAUGGACGCAGAUCUUUAAAACGUGUAAUUUAGUUCCUCAUGGGGGUGACGUAGAACUUUACACACGUACACACACACAUACAUACACACGAUUGAGAUUGAACCCGCGCGCUAGAGUGGCAUCGGUUUAGCGACAUUUUCGGUAUUGCGCGCACGCAGUGCAGUUGCUUAAUGUGAAGAUUUUCGUGAUCAUGCCGUUAAUUGAGUGAUUAGUGCAUGGUAAACGUGGUUAUUCUGCGACAUGGUUGUUGACGGCUAAAGACCAGAAAGAGAGUUGGUUCUGAUACACUUUCAUUAAAUUUCAGUAAAUGAAAGGUUUUUUGUUCUCAUCACAUUAGUUUUUUGUGCAUUCGUAAGUCGUAUCAAGAAUGAUCACAAAGCUAAGAUUGAGUGAUAAUACUUCUUUAGGUGAUAUUGGCACACCGAUAAGCGAGUGUGACACUAAUACCGGAGGAACAUCCUGUGAAAGUAUGAACAGAGACAAUCUCUGCCCCAAUGACCAACAAUCGAAUGAUUGUGGCACAUAUCUACAAAGAUCCAAUCGGAAGAAACCUGUGUUGCCUGGUUCGCUUCUUUCCGACGACAGUUGUAAUGCAGUUGACAAUAUGCUUGGUAUAGAUGGCGAACGGCCACAAAAGGAUUGUGAGGAACCGGAACAGAAUGCUGACCUUUCGUUUAAUGGUAAAAUAAAAUCGUUGACUAAUCCCAGUCAUCCACUGACGACUCCAAUCGACGGCUCCAGUACGGAAACUGCUCCACAAGCGGCCGAUGAUGGUUGUAAAAGUGAUUUGCAAACGCGGGAGGACAAGUUCAACGAAUCAUUUGAACUGCUGACGAAGGAGAACAAUUCUUUAAUUCAUUACAAUAACGAAAAAUCGCCGGAUUUGUUCGCGGACGAUGAUGAUGAUAAUGAUGAUGGUGUGGUGGAAAGUGGCACUGGUAGAAGGAAUUGUGGUUACCAGGAGAAGGAAAAUUAUGAUUAUUUGCAUCGCUCAUACCAACGCGUUAGUGGAGUCGGAGCGAAAGAAGCAGACUGUGAAGAUGAAACCACCACGGAUCGGGUUGACCGUAUUCUGUUGAAACGAAUGAAGAUGUCCUUAGCAGGCAUACCUCCACCACCAGCCUUAACCUACUCCGAUAUUGAUGUUGGUACCAUGCUUACCAUCUAUCGGAGCAAUGUGGAAUCGUGGUUAGUGAAAAACGUGUUACACAAGAACGAUAAUGGUGGUGAUUGUGAAGCUGACAACAAACAGCAGCAGCAGUGUCUCACUAAACCAACUCAUUCGACUGACGACCUAGCCAGCUUGAAAUGGCCCGAACUGAAGAAGCAUAGAGCACAUGGACUGCAUUACAAUCGGUCGAGGGUGUCUGAGUCUUUUGAACUCUUAGGUUUAAAAUACAUAGAGCGGUACAUAAGCGCAGAAACAAGCUGUUCUUUCAAUAUGACUAUUAUGCAAUCGAGCGCCAAAAAACGAAACCAACGAUUAAAACUGUUGAACCAAUCGCCGGGAAGACGAUUAAGCCACCUAGCUAGACGCAGGGCUACGUUUUCGUCUGAAAGUCUACUUAACACAAGCGGCAGUCAGAGUGGUAGCAUAGUAAGCGCCGGAAAAGCUCCCAUCAAUGCGGGUGUACUGAGAAGACUAAAUCCGCACCGUGUGUGCAAUAAUAGACAAGUGCUGUUAGAUCCCAAAAAAUCAGACAAUCGAAGGAAAAAUAAAAUUAAAACGCCCAAACGUCGAACACCAGGCGGCAGGAAAUCCCCACGUCGUCGUACACCGGGUUCGUCGUCUAAAAAAUUAUCUUUGCUUCGUACUAGUGCCGGUAGUAAAUCAUCCACCCAAGUACAUGUUCCCGCUACCCGUGAGUCAUCCAAACGAGCUCUGUUCUUGAGCCCACAGAAUAGCGGGCCGUCGUGUUCAUCACGCAACGAUGAUCACCCUUCUCUCGGUAGCAAUAGCAAACAAACGAACCGUUCGAUAUUUUCCGAGGCUCGAAUGUUAAAAUCGAAACGAUCAUUAUUUUCCCAACCGCUCGGAACAGCGGAAAAUAAUUGUGAGUCGACAUCUAGCUCAAAUGUAUGUAAUGUUCCGUCCAGUACGUCUACCAACACGACAUCGACCAAGCGACGACGCUCUUCCACUGCUGAUGACAAUGGUGUAGAAAAUGCGUGCGGCGAGCGGACGGAGAAAAUUCGGCGCAUGGAAUCUUCCGGUUUAACGGAAGAAGAUUUGACGCCACGCUCGCUGAAGUUUGCUCGUAGCAAAAGUUUCUGCGUUGGCUUGCAAAGCAUGACCCUCCCUUCGGCGGGAUCGAUCGACUGUGCACCGGUAAUCGGAGGAAAAUCAUUAAUUCGUGCGAAUUCGGAAAUAUCCUCUGCAGAUGGGCCACGUCCAUUCAUUACGCUGACGGAAAACCACAAAAAGAAAUUACUAUGGGCUGUUUCGCAAGCACUUCAAAGCAAGCAAAUUUCAGCAAAACACGCACUUUUUAAACAACAUGCCUCCAACUUGGUGCGUGUAGUGAAGCGACUGUUUUUAGAAUUUAAUGAUCAAACCAUUAGCAGUACGAGCGAGAAGCUGCUGAAGUUAGCAAACAAGCAUGUGUACGAAGUGAUACAGGGUAAAAGUGUGGAUGAUAUUUAUUUCCGUGAAAAAACGCGAAUCAUGAAUGCACGAAACAUGCCGAAAUUGCAGGGUUACAUCGCGCCCGAGGAAUACGAACUGCGCAAGUUGAAACGGACGACUAGCAUAACUUCCUUUGACGGAUCGUCCCCAUUCGAUUGUUCGUUGAGCGUUAGCCAAAGCUGUCUGAGCCAGAGUUCCAUGCUAUCGCAAGGUAAUUCUUUCGCCGGUUUAUCACAACUGUCGCAAACAAGCAGUUUCGGACGCACCGCACAUAUGAAGCCUGCAGCAUCGACCGGUAGCGUUAAUAUGGUGGGCCUAAGCACCACUACUACUGCAUUGCGCGAAAAUGUCGACAGUGAGCUGCGCCAACGCUCCAUAAAAAAGCAACUGCUCUUCUCUGGGAAAGACCAGAAAAACGUUAGUCCUUUCCGGACGGAAAAGAAUUUGACCCUGCUGGGAAGUAACGUGAAUACCAACAAACUGCUGGUCGGUGGUUCGUUUAAUUCGAGCAUCAUGAAAGCUAAGCGACAGAUUUCGUUCGAGUAGUGUAUUUUUGGUGUGUGGGAAAAAAUAAUGAACAAGAGAAAUGUAUGGUUUAGGCGGCCCCCUUAGGGAUGCCAUAGUGGCCUAUUAAACAAGUUUAAAAAGAUAGUGACUUGUCGUAGUUGUGUGUGUGAUGGUUUAGCAUAAAUGAACGGCUAUUACAAGAAGUAAUGUCCAUUGAGUUUGUAAUAUUAUUAAGGGUUUCGUGGGUGAUCGAUGUGUAAAAUAUU